UGACUUUUCCAGAACUUGGUAUCAUUUGCAGUUGAAUGAGUUUCUUGGAUAAAACAGAAAUCUGCUUUAAAAUUUUUAAGAUAUAAAAACGUUGCCUUUCUUUUAAUGUUGUUCCUUAACCCUCGAGCAUUGAGUGAAAUAACUUUAAAAAAAAGAAAUGCUACUAAGAGUUGUAGCUUCUAACCCUGAAAACUGAGUUACAGAAAAAUCUAACAAACUUUCCCAACAGAGAAAUUAUAUAAUAAACGGAGCUUUUUCAAUAUUUAUGUCCCCUACUGUCUCCUUCUGUCUCCUAGUGUCCCCUACUGUCUCCUAGUGUCUCCUACUGUCUCCUAAUGUCUCCUUCUGUCUCCUAGUGUCUCCUACUGUCUCCUAGUGUCUCCUUCUGUCCCCUACUGUCUCCUAAUGUCUCCUUCUGUCUCCUAGUGUCUCCUACUGUCUCCUACUGUCUCCUUCUGUCCCCUACUGUCUCCUUCUGUCCCCUACUGUCUCCUAAUGUCUCCUUCUGUCUCCUAGUGUCUCCUACUGUCUCCUAGUGUCUCCUUCUGUCCCCUACUGUCUCCUUCUGUCUCCUAGUGUCUCCUACUGUCUCCUAGUGUCUCCUUCUGUCUCCUAAUGUCUCCUUCUGUCUCCUAGUGUCUCCUACUGUCUCCUUCUGUCCCCUACUGUCUCCUUCUGUCUCCUAGUGUCUCCUUCUGUCCCCUACUGUCUCCUUCUGUCUCCUACUGUCUCCUUCUGUCCCCUACUGUCUCCUUCUGUCUCCUAGUGUCUCCUACUGUCUCCUAGUGUCUCCUUCUGUCCCCUACUGUCUCCUAAUGUCUCCUUCUGUCUCCUAGUGUCUCCUACUGUCUCCUAAUGUCUCCUACUGUCUCCUAGUGUCUCCUUCUGUCUCCUACUGUCUCCUAAUGUCUCCUUCUGUCUCCUAGUGUCUCCUACUGUCUCCUAGUGUCUCCUACUGUCUCCUAGUGUCUCCUAGUGUCUCCUUCUUUCCCCUACUGUCUCCUAAUGUCUCCUUCUGUCUCUUAGUGUCUCCUAGUGUCUCCUUCUGUCUCCUAGUGUCUCCUUGUGUCUCCUUCUGUCCCCUACUGUCUCCUAAUGUCUCCUUCUGUCUCCUAGUGUCUCCUAAUGUCUCCUACUGUCUCCUAUUGUCUCCUAGUGUCUCCUUCUGUCCCCUACUGUCUCCUAAUGUCUCCUUCUGUCUCAUAGUGUCUCCUUCUGUCCCCUACUGUCUCCUUCUGUCUCUUAGUGUCUCCUAGUGUCUCCUUGUGUCUCCUUCUGUCCCCUACUGUCUCCUAAUGUCUCCUUCUGUCUCCUAGUGUCUCCUUCUGUCCCCUACUGUCUCCUAGUGUCUCCUUCUGUCCCCUACUGUCUCCUAAUGUCUCCUAGUGUCUCCUAAUGUCUCCUACUGUCUCCUAGUGUCUCCUUCUGUCUCCUAAUGUCUCCUAGUGUCUCCUAGUGUCUCCUAAUGUCUCCUACUGUCUCCUAGUGUCUCCUAAUGUCUCCUAAUGUCUCCUAGUGUCUCCUUCUGUCCCCUACUGUCUCCUAAUGUCUCCUUCUGUCUCCUAGUGUCUCCUAGUGUCUCCUAAUGUCUCCUACUGUCUCCUUCUUUCCCCUACUGUCUCCUAAUGUCUCCUUCUGUCUCUUAGUGUCUCCUUCUGUCUCCUAGUGUCUCCUUGUGUCUCCUUCUGUCCCCUACUGUCUCCUAAUGUCUCCUUCUGUCUCCUAGUGUCUCCUAAUGUCUCCUACUGUCUCCUAGUGUCUCCUUCUGUCCCCUACUGUCUCCUAAUGUCUCCUUCUGUCUCAUAGUGUCUCCUUCUGUCCCCUACUGUCUCCUAAUGUCUCCUAGUGUCUCCUAGUGUCUCCUAAUGUCUCCUACUGUCUCCUAGUGUCUCCUUCUGUCUCCUAGUGUCUCCUAGUGUCUCCUACUGUCUCCUAGUGUCUCCUUCUGUCCCCUACUGUCUCCUAAUGUCUCCUUCUGUCUCCUAGUGUCUCCUACUGUCUCCUAGUGUCUCCUAAUGUCUCCUAGUGUCUCCUAAUGUCUCCUACUGUCUCCUUCUGUCUCCUAGUGUCUCCUUCUGUCCCCUACUGUCUCCUAAUGUCUCCUUCUGUCUCCUAGUGUCUCCUUCUGUCUCCUAGUGUCUCCUUCUGUCCCCUACUGUCUCCUAAUGUCUCCUUCUGUCUCCUAGUGUCUCCUUCUGUCUCCUAGUGUCUCCUUCUGUCCCCUACUGUCUCCUAAUGUCUCCUUCUGUCUCCUAGUGUCUCCUAGUGUCUCCUACUGUCUCCUAGUGUCUCCUUCUGUCUCCUACUGUCUCCUAAUGUCUCCUACUGUCUCCUUCUGUCUCCAGGCGUCUGCGGCUCUAAUCCUGCUAAGUGGAUCAACGUUCCUCUGAGACUCUAAGCUCUUUAGACGCUGAAGCAGAGUUCUGUCCGCCAGUUGGACCGGGCCGUGAUGGGAGCCGGCGCCGACCCGACUGGGACCAGACCCUGAAGCAGGACUGACCUUUGAACCUGGGAGAACCACAGAUCACGGGUCAGAACCAUCUGGGCCCGGUUCUGGAGCUAAAGUCAGAAACCUGACCUCCAUAGAGCUGGACCAGGACCUUUGGUUCUGGUUCUGGUUCUGUCAGUCCUCUGUGUGCGUAGGAGCCAUGGACCCUGAGGACCCGUCUCCUCUGCAUCGGUUCGUGGUUGCUAAGCGAUCGAUCGGGUCGAUCUUCGACCAACUGCUGGAGUUUGUGAAGAGCGGUUCUGCCUUUGUGGACGAAGCCGUUCAGAACCAGGACCUGGGUCCGGUUGCUGUGGAGGAGCAGAACCUGGAGAUGCAGAGCUGCGCCACCAAGCUGGCCGCCAUCAGGGAGGUUCUGCUGCGGAGAACCAUGAAGGUGGCCUUCUUCGGCAGAACCAGCAACGGGAAGAGCACGGUGAUCAACGCCAUGCUGAGGGAGCGGGUGCUGCCCAGCGGCAUCGGCCACACCACCAACUGCUUCCUGAGCGUGGAGGGGACGGAUGCCGCCGAGCCCUACCUCACCACCGAGGCGUCUGCCGAGCGCCGCGCCGUCUCUACAGUAAACCAGCUAGCCCACGCGCUGCACAUGGACCCGGCGCUAGACUCGGGCAGCCUGGUCCGAGUGUUCUGGCCCAAGAACCGCUGCGCCCUGCUGAGGGACGACCUGGUUCUGAUGGACAGCCCAGGGACGGACGUCACCCUGGAGUUGGACAGCUGGAUCGAUAAGUUCUGUUUGGACGCCGAUGUCUUUGUUCUGGUGGGGAACGCCGAGUCGACGCUGAUGAACACGGAGAAGCUGUUCUUCCAUAAGGUCAGUGAGCGGAUCUCCAAGCCGAACGUCUUCAUCCUCCAUAACCGCUGGGACGCCUCGGUGACGGAGCCCGAGCUCAUCGACCAGGUGAGGAAGCAGCACCUGGACCGCUGCAUCAGCUUCCUGUCGGAGGAGCUGCGGGUCGUUGAACCGGACCGGGCCGCUGACAGAAUCUUCUUCAUCUCUGCCAAGGAGGUUCUGAUCUGCAGGACGCAGCGGAACCAGGGCAUGCCGGAGACAGGGGGCGCUCUGGCUGAAGGCUUCCAGGACCGGCUGACAGAGUUCCAGCAGUUCGAGAGAACCUUCGAGGAGUUCAUCUCUCAGUCGGCGGUCCGGACCAAGUUCGAGCAGCACACGGUGCGGGCGUGGCAGAUCACCGAGGCCAUCAAGACCGUCAUGGACGCCAUCAACAUUGCGUCGGCAGACAGGAAGAUCUGUUGCCUGGAGGAGCGGGAGGAGCAGCGGGACCGGCUGGACUUCGUCCGGGGUCAGAUGAGCCGUCUGAGCGACAGCGUGAAGAACCGGAUCAGAACCCUGACGGACGACGUCACCGCCAAGGUGGCCUCUGCGCUGCUGGACCAGAUCCAUUCCUUGCCGGUUCUGGUGGAGGAGUUCCGGGCCGACUUCAGCCCGUCCCUGGAGAACCUGGAGCUCUACAAAGCUAAACUGGUGCAGCACCUGGAGCAGCGUCUCUCUGGGGGUCUGGCCCAUCGUUGCCAUGGCGACGUUCUCAGGGAGAUCCGGGACGCGCAGAGACUCAUGACCGACAGCGUGCGUCCCCUGGUGUCGCCGUCCGUCCAGCAGCAGCUCUGCGCUCCGUCCUCGUCCUUCGAGAUGACCUUUGACCUCAGCCUGGCCGCCCUCUGCGCCGACUUUAGGGAGGACAUCGACUUCCGGUUCUCCCUGGGCUGGACCGCCCUGGUGACCCGCUUCAUCUGCGCCGCCGGCGCCCACCGGGCGCUGGCCGUCCCCGAGGACGGACCGUCCCUCAAGGACCGGCUGGUGGUUUCCAUGGCAACGAGCCUGGUGUCGGUGUCCUCCAGGGCGUCCAUGGCGGUGCUGCUGAUUGGGGGCGUGGUGAGUCCAAACCGGGCAGGUCCAGAACCGUCCACUUCGUCUCCUGGUUCUGCUGGUGAGACAGAGAGACAAUGCAGCUCUGGACACAUCUGGACAUGUCCUGCAGCUGCGGUGUGUGUCCAGGUGUGGCGCUCGGUGGGCUGGCGGGUUGUGGCCCUGUCCGUCUCCCUCUACGGUUUGCUCUACCUGUAUGAGAGACUCACCUGGACGGCCUCCAGCCAGGAGCGCGCUCUGAAGCAGCAGUUCACAGAGUUCGCCGCCUUCCGCCUCCGCGCCGUCGUUCCCGUCACCAGCUCUGCCUGCAGCCAGCAGGUGUUCAAGGAGCUGACCUCCACCUUCGGCCGCCUGACCCAGAGAGUGGACCUGAGCGAGGCGGAGCUGGAGGGACGGAUCCGGCAGCUCACCUGCAGGAUCCAGAGGCUGGAGGCGACCCAGAGGAAGUCCAAGGCCUUCAGGAACCGGGCCACGGAGCUGGAGACCCAGCUGGAGGCCUUCUCUGCUCGCUACCUGCAGGCUGCGGACUGAAGCAGCAGCGGUUUGGAUCCACCUGCUCCGACCAGAACCAGGACCGGACCGGAGGAGGGUGGUUCUGCCUGUGCUGGUGUGGGCCAGCAGCGGUAUCAGGGUUUGGUUCUGGUCUCGAUCGGGUUCAUCUGGUUCUGGUCCGUGCCCUUCCAGCUGCUUGAGGUGAAGCUCUGCCUCCACCAGAUGUUGCUGUGACCUCUGACCUCUGCAGCUUGCGGUCAGGUUCAUCAGAGACCUGAUGCCUCGCUGCAAUGAUGAGGUUCUGGGUUUGAAUCCGGUGGUCUGCAUGUUUUCCCUGAGCCGGUCCAGAACCAAGCUGCGUUAGCCGGAACUGACUGAAAUGUUUAAAGCCUUUAUCCUGUGAAUGAAAAUGAUUUUCUGCUUCAGCCAAUAAAAACAUUUAAUACAGAAAUCUGGAUUCAUGGAAACCAUGAAUAUUACCGGCUGAGAGACGUUCUAACAGAACCUGACAGAACCUCCAUGGACGGAUGGACGGACGGAUGGAUGAGUUGGUUGGUUGAUAUAGAAGACCAGGUCCCUCUGCUGAGAGCCAAUCAGAGGCUGGAGGAGUGGUGACCCUGUUGCUAUGUGUCGUGACCCCGUUGCUAUGGGUAAUGCUGUCGUGUAGAGUGAUGGGGGUCUGGUAAUGUUAGCGCCCCCUGCUGGCGUGUCCAUGGCGACUGCAUGCAGCUGGUCUCAUCUCGGCUCUGAUUGGUUGGUGGAAAUAAACGGAUCUUUGAGACCGGAUGAUGAUGGAAGUAAAAUGAAUGGGAAUAAUAAACACUGAA